AAUAAUAUGAGAGACAACAAAACAAGUGGAACUCCAAAAUUGCCUCAAGUUAACGUCGCACAAAACUUUCAGUUCGCUCGUAAGAUGCACGUCGGAAAUCUGGAGCAUCAGCCACUGCCUGAUACUUUAGGAUACCGAAACUUGACAAAAAUCGCAGAGCACCGUGAUUCCGAUAUCGUUGUCAAACCUUACGCUAUCGGUUGGAAAGGAUACGGUGCAUCUGGUCCCACGUGUUGUACUAAAAUGCGUGUACAUAGGCCUAAGACAUGUGACCCUAAGAAAAUGGAUGGUGAUAAAGGAGAGAGUCAGAGGCCAUCAACAUCUGCCCCGGAUUUAGGAGGGCAAUACACAAAACCUAUGUCGCUCAUGGACCUAGCUAUUUGCUGGGAUUUCAGACCCGAUGAUCCCAAAAGAGAACCGCGACCGCCAAAGCAUAUAGAUGGGUCAAAUGGUUCGAAAGCACCAGCUGUGUUCACAAUGGUUCAUACACCAAAAGAAGAGCAUGAAGGUAUCAAUAUUGGUCAUACAAAUCCAAUUUUUAACCAAAAUCGUGUAGUGGGUGAUGUCGGCCAUCACCCUGUGCCUUAUUUCGAGAAGGAUAUGGCCAAAGAAAGACGAAGGGAUUCUUGUGACGUUCAGCAUUGUCCUCAACAUGCUAGUGCUAAUGAAAAGGUUUCGAGAUCAGCAUCAUCCAGCAGAAAGAGUUCUGGCUCUGUCAAGAAGCCAGAGUGUGACGGAAUUCAUGGAUGUGGUACUCCGAGCGAGAUAAGCCACAAGUCAAGUCGCGGUGACUCACGGCCCGAGAAAUUGCAACCCAUUAAAGAUGCUUGGAACACCAAAACUAAGAAUAUGAAUGGAGGCUAUGACGUAAAUCGUAAUCGCCAUAGUUUAGAGUCAUAUGAGAAGACUCCGCUUGCACAAGGUAAGCUUCAUCACAGCUCACCGAACGAAUCGCAACAAUUUUCGCGUCGUUCAACAAAAGACAGUGAUUUAUUGAAUCCUAAACACAAGAAUUGCGUGUCUUGUAAUGGAACAAAAUUAGUCCAAGACACGAAACAGAAGGAGGAUUAUAAGUUUGCGUUUAAAGCUGGCAAUCCUAAUUCGGUGCAAAGCGUGACUGGUUCUACUGACUCUAAAGGAGUUAAAAUGCCUAAGAUGCGUCAUCCGUACACCAAGAAGUCGUAUACCAUCCCGACAUUAGCUCCUCCGUUCAGUAUCUGGCGGGAUGCGAACGCGACUGGGUACCCGGAACACUGGCGACUAGCGAGUGUUUACCAACACGCCUACAAGCCACCCGAGCAACGCCGCAAGCCGCUUAUAGACAGUGUAUAUCAAUGACAAUG